GGUAAAAAUGGGUGAAUAUUUAGCUUCGAUAUUCGGAACUGAGAAGGACAAGGUUAACUGCUCUUUUUACUUUAAGAUCGGGGCCUGCCGGCACGGAGACCGGUGCUCCCGGCUUCACAACAAGCCGACAUUCAGCCAGGAGGGGUUCACAGAAUUGCAGGAGAAGUAUGGGGAGAUUGAAGAGAUGAAUGUGUGCAACAACCUUGGGGACCACCUCGUGGGCAACGUCUAUGUCAAGUUCCGGCGGGAAGAGGAUGCAGAGCGGGCCGUGGCUGAACUCAAUAACCGCUGGUUCAAUGGGCAGGCUGUGCACGCUGAACUGUCUCCUGUCACUGACUUUCGGGAGUCAUGCUGUCGCCAGUAUGAGAUGGGGGAAUGUACCCGAGGUGGCUUCUGCAACUUCAUGCAUCUGCGGCCCAUUUCCCGGAACCUCCGGAGGCAGCUCUAUGGGCGGGGACCCAGGCGCAGGUCACCCCCAAGGUUCCAUACUAGCCACUGUCCCCGAGAGGGGAACCGUCGGCAUUCCCCUGAUCACCGGCAUGGCCGCUUCUGAGGCCCUGGCCCCCUUACCCUCUUACCCUUCACCCCGGACAGGGACAAAUAUUUCUGGCAGGACCUCUCCUCAAAGCCCCCUUCACUCUCCUGGCCCAUCUUUCCCAGGCUCCCGGGCUCCAUAAUGUAAUCUGUUCAGCAUGGAGACUUUCUUCUACCGCCCUUGUCUUAAUAAAGCUCCGUGUUUUGCUUCGGUAUCAA